CAGCACAGAGCGGGCAAGGCCGGGCAGGCCAUGGGGCACUGGGCGCUGCUGCCUGGCUGGGUUUCCGCUACGCUGUUGCUGGCGCUGGCCGCUCUGCCUGCAGCCCUGGCCGCCAACAGCAGUGGCCGAUGGUGGGGCAUCGUGAACGUAGCCUCCUCCACGAACCUGCUGACCGACUCCAAGAGUCUGCAACUGGUACUCGAGCCCAGUCUGCAGCUGCUGAGCCGCAAACAGCGGCGGCUGAUCCGCCAGAACCCGGGGAUCCUGCACAGUGUGAGUGGGGGACUGCAGAGCGCUGUGCGAGAGUGCAAGUGGCAGUUCCGGAACCGCCGCUGGAACUGUCCCACAGCUUCGGGGCCCCACCUCUUCGGCAAGAUCGUCAACCGAGGCUGUCGGGAAACAGCAUUUAUCUUCGCCAUCACCUCGGCCGGGGUCACCCAUUCGGUGGCGCGCUCCUGCUCGGAGGGCUCCAUCGAGUCCUGCACGUGCGACUACCGGCGGCGCGGUCCUGGGGGCCCCGACUGGCACUGGGGGGGCUGCAGCGACAACAUCGACUUCGGCCGCCUCUUUGGCCGGGAGUUUGUGGACUCCGGGGAGAAGGGGCGGGACCUGCGCUUCCUCAUGAACCUUCACAACAACGAGGCGGGCCGCACGACCGUGUUCUCCGAGAUGCGCCAGGAGUGCAAGUGCCACGGGAUGUCCGGCUCGUGCACGGUGCGCACGUGCUGGAUGCGGCUGCCCACGCUGCGCGCCGUGGGCGACGUGCUGCGGGACCGCUUCGACGGCGCCUCGCGCGUCCUGUACGGCAAUCGCGGCAACAACCGUGCCUCGCGGGCGGAACUGCUGCGCCUCGAGCCCGAGGACCCCGCUCACAAGCCUCCCUCCCCCCACGAUCUCGUCUACUUCGAGAAAUCGCCCAACUUCUGCACAUACAGCGGACGGCUGGGUACAGCGGGCACGGCAGGGCGCGCCUGCAACAGCUCGUCGCCCGCGCUGGACGGCUGCGAGCUGCUCUGCUGUGGCCGGGGCCACCGCACGCGCACGCAGCGCGUCACCGAGCGCUGCAACUGCACCUUCCACUGGUGCUGCCACGUCAGCUGCCGCAACUGCACGCACACUCGCGUACUGCACGAGUGCCUGUGAGGCGCUGCGCGGACUCAUCCCUAGGAGCGUUCUC